AUGUCAAAUCAAGGAAUGGCGUUAAGAGAAUGGAUUCAGCAUCUCUGUUCAAUUUCCAAUAAAGUGAAACUGUAUGAAGCCGAUUUUCGUGUAGGAGAUAUGGAAUUAGACAUUCAAUCACUCCGGAAUGCGUUCCCAAAACUUCGAAAAAUCGACAUAUACGGCUCGCAAAAUGAAAAUUUCGAACACGAGAUUCUUAACGCCCAAUUUAUUCUGAGAGCGUUUCUACCAUAUGUUAAAGAAGUCCAAUUGUUUCAUGUCCCUCUUGGAGAGAACCUUUCCUUUCAACACAUUGGGAUGGCGAAUUUAAAAAAUCUGGACUUCGUUCAUCCAAAAAAUUUGAAUUUUGAUUGUCUCCUCACAUUAAAUGUUCAAAUGUGCAUGUUACAAACAGAUCAAAUGCCACUUCGCGAUCUGAAUCAUUUUUUCAAAUUGUGGAUUAAAGGAUCCAAUCCAAGAUUGAAGGCAUUGAGCGUUUGGUGUGACACGGAAACCGUUCCUGACUGGAAUGUAUUGCUCAAAGGAUUGAGAACUAAAGGACUAGAAAAAGUAGAAGAAGAAGAAGGAGGAGAAAUAGAAGAUGAAGAUGAACAAGAAGAUGACGAAGUAGAAGACGAAGAUGAAGUAGACGAAGAAGAACAAUCAGAAGAAGAAUCACACGUGGAAUCGGAAGAAUCGGAAUCAGAAAGAUCAGAAUCAGAAGAAGAAUCAGGAGAAGAACUGGACGAAGAAGAAAUGGAAGGAGGAGAAGGGAAGAAGUUCUUCAUAAUGAACUGUCAUGGUAUGAGCGGUCAAAUCGAAGUCAAACAUUUCGAAGGAUCUGCUAGUGUUACGUUUUUUGUUUCAAAAAUUAAUUGGUCAGAUAAAGCUUCUCAUUGGACCUAA